AUGCGGCUACUGCUAUUAGUAGCCCUGAGCUGUGCUCAGCAGCUUCCCAUUGGUGCGAAACAGAGAGAGAAGGCGGUUGCGAUCGUCAACAGCAGUAUCGAAUCUGCGAAUAGCCACGUGAAGGUGGAAGAUCUGCAUUGCGAAAACGCAAAGAGAAUCGAAGACUACAGUGUUUCAUGGUUCUUGGACAACACGAAGCCGAAGUACGAUGGCAAGUUCCCAAGCAACGCCUUAUUCUACUCAGAGGGCAUGUCAGAGCCGGCCCACACACUGGCCAACCGCACCGGCCGGGUUACCAUAUGGGACGUCUGGCCGCCAGACCUCUACAACAACUCGAUGAGCCUCUCCAACCCAAUGCGCUGUAUCCACAACCGCGAUCGUGACAGACAAGACUUCUUCGAGAUGAUGUCUGAGGCGUACGCCCGCAAGGCGAUGGUCGGCGCCUCGGUCUUGCACAGCGACGAGAACUACAUGCAACCGCCGGCCGAUGGCAUUUGGGCGCGCGUCGAGCUGUGCGCGCUUGUGGAGAACAGUGGCGUAGACUGGAUAUUCAAGAUCAGAGAAGGGCGACAGGACAGCAACGAGGGGGAGCUAUUUUCUGAAAGAAUCCAGGGGUUGUUCAAGAGAUGGCUCCAUGAUCCUAACGCAAGCCGGCCCGAAUCCGAUAUGUUUGAGGCAUGGCUACAGAAGCUGCGCGGGCUAGGCGUUUGGGUGGGCUCCACGACGUACGGCAAUCUUAGAAAAGAUUGUCCUAGUCGCCGUCAGCAGGAGCUCCGGCAUGAACGGCGCUCAGUGGCGAAGAGGAGGCUUCUGCAGUAUAUCGCUGUUGAUGAAGAGGACACUCUUAUCCCAGAAGAGAACCUUAGGUUUUUUGACCAAAAUGUUAGAUGGUAA